AUGGGAAAUCGUUUGAGCAUCGGCAUCGGCAAGAAUAAAAUUUUUUUAUCAUCAGAUGGGGCCCAAGAACCUUACACGAACAAUAACUAUCAACAACAAACUUCUUCAAUAAAAAUACGAAGGUUUAAUAGCUUCGCUAAAGAGUCUACUAAUAAUAGGAAUAAUAAUCUCGAAGACGAUAUGGAAGGAAUGACGUUGAUAGGUGACAACGAAGAUAUCGACAGGAUCAACUCGAUCCAUUACUAUUACUGUUUGUCUUGGAAAAGUGCAUUUAGUUCACCGGUCUCCAAGAUUCUUGAAGAAGGAGGAUCGGUUCUUGACGUUUGUUGUGGUAAUGGCGUGUGGAUUCAUGAAUUGGCAAGCAAAUAUCAAAGUAGUAAAUUCAUUGGUAUCGACAUUUCACCAAUAUUUCCCGCAGAAAUAAAACCUCGUAACGUCAACUUUUUAAAAGGAGAUAUCUUGGAGGGGUUGCCGUACAUGGACAAUAAUUUCGAUUUUGUAAAUUUGCGUUUCAUGUUGCGCUAUUUUAACAUAUUCGAGUGGAAUGACAUUAUACUUCACGAACUGUUUCGUGUCACUAAAGAUGGUGGUUGGAUCGAGGCAAGUUUUCUAUUUAUUAUGGAUACUGAUUUGUUACCAUACAAUAUGGGUGACAAAACUCGAGACUUUAUCACUAAAUAUUUAAAAAUAUUUGAACCUAAUCUUAAUUAUGAUAUUACUCUAAAGCAAGUGGUUGACUUAUUGUAUAGUUGUUACAAAAAUAAAUCAGUGGUAUUCAUUGAAGAGAAAGAUAAUGCGUGGUAUCCAUACAAACAUGAAGAAACCGGGAAGACUAUAAAUAUUGAAAAAUGGGAAAUUCCUUGGAGUCGGAAGAAGAGGAUUACAGCGUUUUAA